AUGAAGUUGGUCCGUCAUAUAGAAACCAUAGAAAAUCGUGGCUACCUCUUCGAAUUUACAAUUGAUGUGAACUCACCUGAUGAACCCGAACUCUCGCGGGCUCGGCGGUACUACGUGGUAGCCACAGAUCCGUCGCCGUCACGAGCCUUUUGUUACUUAUCCAUAUAUUUCCGUGAUCCUUCGCUUUAUUCCCCAAAGAGCCGCUGGUUUUCGCUGCACAACCGGGUCUUCGGUCCCAUAGGGCACGACCGUUUUGUUGGGGAACUUCUCAAGGUGUCCCAAGCCGAGGCUGAGAGCUAUAGUCUGUUCACGGAUGAGCCAGCUGCGCGAGCAGCACUCGGUGUAAUCUCCACCAACAGGGUGGACCCAACGGGAGGGAGGGCGGCGCGUGGUGGGGAUGCGCAUGGAUCCCCCUUUGAAACGCCACGGGAUGUGAAAACGGCAGCCGCAGUUCAAAUUCUCUCAGAAAAUGUAAAGGCACGUUUGGGGAAGGGCGUAGAGACCCUUUUAGGACCACCAUACACAGUGUCAAAGGAAGCUAUGACUUCCACACGUGACGCUGACUUCCAGUCGCAAGGGAAUCAGCUACGAGAGGCACGUCAGCUUCUACAACUUGAACGGAACCAACAUGAGAAAGACGUGGAACAUUUGAUGAGUGAGAUUAGCCAACUACACAAGCAAUUGAAAAACGUCGGUUAUGAAGGAAAGGCAAGGCAACAGGAACAGCAAACAACCGCCCUGAGAGACUCUCAGGAGCGUGAGCGACUUUUGCAGCUGACAAUAGACGAAAAUGUUUUGCUUAAACAACGUUACCACCAUGCUUGCGUAGAGUUGGAGCACUGGCGUAUGGAAUGUCGCCGACUGAAGCACAAAUGUGACCAAAAGGCGAUGGCUUCAACGCAAGCAACUAAGUGUGUGAGCCAGGAAGAGUAUAACGACCUGGAAAAGCGUCACCGACUCCUACAUAAGGAGCUUCAUGAGCUUUCAGAGGAAAAGAUGGAAUUAGAGAGUAGGUUGCGCAAAGCCGAUGAGGAGGCGGCCCGAAGAAGUAUGGAAUUGAGGCUCGCCUUGCAGGCACUGCACUCACUGGGGAGGGGUCUAGACAACGUACAGCACAAAUUGCCUCUCGUGUUGCGGAGUGAAUAA